UCAGUGGUUUGGCUCAUGAAUGUUGUAUUUGGGUCACACUCACAGUGCUGAAGCUUGGCGGUGAACGUGUACGUGUGGCUGGAUUAGGGUACUCGACUGUACACGACUCAAGGUGUUUUUAUCGGAAGCUAAUAUUUAUAAUAUGCCUUCAACACCCGAGAAACUGACAAAGUAUGAAAAGAUUGAAAGUUAUGUCAGAGGAUUUAAGCUAUCCUCCCUAACCUAUAAACGGGUGAUGCAUCUAUUGCAUGAUGAAAUGAGCCAUGGCCUCCUCAAGUCAAGCAAUCAUAUCGCUGAUAUAAAAAUGUUUCCCACAUUUGUCCGAGCCUUACCUGAUGGAACAGAAAAGGGAAAGUUUCUGGCUCUAGAUUUGGGUGGCACAAACUUCCGUGUGUUAAUGGUGAAGCUAGAUGGACGAGAGGUGGACAUACAGAGUAAGACCUACCUGAUCCCCCAGAGGAUCAUGUUAGGCACAGGUGUACAGCUGUUUGACCAUAUUGCGGACUGUAUUGGGCGAUUCCUGACAGACCAUGAGCUACAAGGGGAAAAACUCCCUCUGGGUUUUACCUUCUCCUUCCCAUGUAGACAGGAGGGCCUUGCUAAGGCGCGACUCUCUAAGUGGACAAAAGGGUUCCGUUGUGAAGGGGUUGUAAAUGAGGAUAUUUGCAGGCUGCUACAAGAUGCUCUGAAACGCAAAACGAACUCCAUCAUAGAGAUAGUUGCCGUGGUGAAUGAUGCUGUUGGAACUCUCAUGUCCACCGCCCACAGCGAUAGACAGUGUGAAAUCGGUCUCAUCCUAGGCACGGGGUGUAAUGCCUGCUACAUGGAACAGCUGGACAGUGUUGAACUCUGGGAAGGCGACAAUUGUCACCCACAACAGGUUAUCAUCAACACAGAGUGGGGAGCAUUUGGAGACAACGGUUGUCUGGACUUCAUACGUACAGAGUAUGAUAGAGAAUUAGACAACUUCUCCAUCAACCCGGGAAAACAGAUCAUGGAGAAGAUGAUAUCAGGGAUGUAUAUGGGGGAGAUUGUCCGACAGACGCUGGAACGUCUUACAAUGGAGGGGCUCAUCUUUACAAGUAUUGACCGCGAGUGUGAGCUGUUUGUCAGAGGCCGUUUCUACACUAAAUAUGUAUCAGAAAUCGAGAGUGAUCAUGAUGAGUUUUUUGGCAAUACCAAACAAGUCCUGAAUGAAUUGGGCAUUGAGAACUACACAACAGAGGACUGCAAAAUUGCCAAAUACAUUUGUACGCUGGUAUCAGCUCGGGCGGCCUUCCUCGCAUCAGCAGGACUCGCCACACUCAUCAACAAGCUCAAUAAGCCAGAAAUGACUAUCGCAGUUGACGGCUCACUGUAUAGAUUCCAUCCUCGAUUCCACAACCUCAUGUGUCUGAAAAUCCAGGAACUUGUUAAACCAGGAUUAAAGUUCAAACUUAUGCUUUCUCAUGAUGGUAGCGGGAAGGGUGCCGCCCUGGUGGCGGCGGUGGCAAUGCGUCUCCGUGAUCAAGAAAUUCAGGAGGAGGAAGAGGGUGUGGCUUGUGUAUGACGGACGACCAUUCACUUAUAAUAAACAGCAUUUAUUGUGUGAUUGACAGGUGGAUGUGAGUUGAAGAUUGCUAGUUUGUACCGCCCUGGAGAAGACCUCAUGUUCAAGGUCGUUGUUACAAGGUCACACCGUUACUGCUGCUAGGUUGUUUUACUGUGUGUGCUCGGCCUGUCAAGCCUGUAAGUGAGGCUAUAACAGAUAUAUCCAGAUAACUACAGUAUUUUGUUCUGUAUUGCUGUACUCCUAACAGCAUAAUGUACUAAAAUACUCGGUACCAGUUACUAGAUCAUAACUGAGCUACUCACCUUCCCUGUUAUAAAACAACUGAUACAGGAGUUGUCAAGCAUGUUUCUAAAAUAACAUUACAUUAUACUGCGUAAGAAACAGUGCUGAUAUUCUGGAGUGUUUCCUAUUGAGUGACAGGUGUAAGAAAGGUUUCCACAACAAAAGUUUUAAUAAGAAAGUCAUUGGAUUUAGAACAAUGUCAUAUGAGGUCAACUUAACAAAUUGAAUUUGGAUUAUGAAAGGUUGGUUCCAUAUUUGGAGUUGAGAUAUAUAAAUUGUUCCAAUAGACUGAUCAUGAAAAUAGAUAUCCCAGCAUAAUUAAACUGUUAUCCUGAUGACAAUAAAGUAUACAUCUUAAAGUUUUAGUAGAUUGCAUCUGAAUUGAGAUAAAGGGGCAUAACUGAUAUUUCGAUAAAGUUGUAAAUAUCAAAAUUUAACUUGCACAGGCGUCAUAUUUUGUUUUGUCAUCUAGGUUUCUAGAUGGCAAAAUUCUAAUGUCACUUAAUCUGUAGUAAAGAGAAUUCACUUAAGACUGAAGCAUUAGGUACUUGGUCACCUGCUUUUGCCAAAUCUAUUUCAUCAGCGUUGGUCAGCUGCAAAAUUUAGAGGGUGCAAUAGCACAAAACCUGGUAUGUACAUAUCUAGGUGUGUUGGCUGAUGUUUGUUUUGAAAGGGUUAAGUAUCAUAAAACCUGAUAGGCUGCCUGCUGGGGCAUUGGUGGAACAUCUAGGCCUGCUGGGGCAUUGGUGGAAAAUCUAGGCCUGCUGGGGCAUUGGUGGCACAUCUAGGCCUGCUGGGGCAUUGGUGGAACAUCUAGGCCCGGUGGGGCAUUGGUGGAACAUCUAGGCCUGCUGGGGCAUUGGUGGAACAUCAAGGCCUGCCGUGGCAUUGGUGGAACAUC